CCUGUCUUGUGAUGGCGGGGCAAUACAACAAUUAUUCGGACUCGUCACCAAAUACCAAAACCAAAACUUUCCUUAAGCAAGACAGGCUCUCAAGAAACGAAACUGUUCGAGAACCCCCGUUCUUCGAAGCAGAUAUAUAUCUACAGUUCACAUCAACACCAUGUCAACAGCCACGAACCCCGACCCGUCCCCCGACUCCCUCGCCUUCAUCCCGCUCGAAGCGAACCCAGAGCUCCUGACCUCCCUGCUGCACAAGCUCGGGUUGAGCAAGGCGCUCCAGAUCCACGACGUGUACUCGAUCACGGAGCCCGAGCUCCUCGCGUUCGUGCCGCGCCCCGCCCUCGCCCUGCUCCUCGUCUUCCCCGUCUCCGCCACCUACGAGUCCCACCGCCUCGCCGAGGACUCCACCGCCCCCGACUACGCCGGCUCCGGCUCCGGCGAGCCCGUGCUCUGGUACAAGCAGACCAUCCGCAACGCCUGCGGCCUCAUGGGCCUGCUGCAUGCCGUGUCGAACGGGCCCGCGCGGGGUUUCGUCGAACCCAACACGCCCCUCGACCGCCUAAUCAAAGCCUCCAUCCCGCUGCCCCCGCCGGACCGCUCCGCGCUCCUCGAGCGCACGCCCGAGCUCGCGGCCGCGCACCAGGAGGCCGCGGCCCAGGGCGCGACGGCGGCGCCCGACGCCCGCGACGACGUCGACCUGCACUACGUGUGCUUCGUGAAGAGCGGCCGCGAUGGUACCCUCUGGGAGCUCGACGGCCGCCGCAAGGGGCCCAUCGCCCGCGGCCAGCUCGCCGACGACGAGGACGUUCUUUCCGAGAAGGCCCUGCUGUGGGGCCCGCUGCAGUUCUUGGAGAGGGGCGGAGGCGAUAUGAGGUUUAGCUGUGUCGCGCUGGCGGGCGCGUUGGAUUAGGAUAUGUUAGGUUAGGUUAGGUUAGGUA